AUGGAAAAAUUUCAAACUUAUCCAUUAUCAUCAUGUUAUUCUAUUAAAUCUCCAAAAGAUGGUAGAUUUAUUGUCAUUGAUGACAAACAAAGAUUUUCUCGUUUUAUUUCAAAUGAUUCUGGUAUUAGUUUUGGUGAUAGUGAUAAUGAAAGUAUUCAAUCAUUAGAUGAAUAUGAAUUUGAUAUUGAUCAAAAUUUUUAUUUAUCAUUAAAUGAACAACAAUCAAUAACAGUUACUAAUGAUGCUCAUAUAGCAUCAGUUAUACCAGAUGAUGAUAAAAAAUUCUUUUGUCAAAAUACUGCUUGGGCUUGGCAUGGAGAAUUUGGUCGAUUAAUCAUGGCUACAGCUAUGACAUAUAAUGUAGACUAUCGUCUUAUACUUUAUGAUGAUCGUUUAAUAUGUUCUCGUGCAAAUAAUGCAUAUUAUUCAAUAUUACGAUUAGAUAAUGCAAAAGCCCAAUUUAAAUGUGAUACAUGUGGACAUUGUUGGACAUCAAUGAGAGCUCGUUGUUCAUUUUAUAUAUCGAAGCCAAAUGAAGGCGGUAUUGUUCUAUUAAAACUUUUUACACAACAAUGUCAAUAUUGUUAUUCAACUGUAUAUCCAUUGUGGUAUUAUGAUGAAAUUUGUCGUGUUAUGAAAAAUUUAGCAUUAACAAUUUUUGAACAUUUUUUUCCUAAUUCAUUUCAAUAUAUCGAUUGGAAUUUAACACAUAAUGGAUUAAAAUCAAUUCGACGUUUAUUACAACGAAAAGGAAAUAUGCGUAAUCAACAUAACCCUUUUUUAUGCGAAGCAUGUCAUUUUGGUGUAUGUUAUUAA